AUGGCGUUCGUCGAAAAUUUACGAAAAUUAAACCUCUACGAGGAAAACCGUACGCCGCAAAACUUGCUCGAAAGUGACGUCGAAAUAAACGCUAGGGCCUUGCAGGCCGAGUUCGUAUGUCCGAUAUGUUUGGAGGUACUCAACAAGACGAUGACCACGAAAAACUGUCUCCACAGAUUUUGCUACGACUGCAUCAUAUCCGCGAUAAGAUCGGGAAAGAAGGAGUGCCCCACGUGCCGUACGAAACUCGUAUCUAAAAGGGACCUGAGACAGGACACGAACUUCGAUUUCCUAAUCCUGACUCUGUUCCCGGAAAAAGACAAACACGCGUCUGACCAAGAAGAGCUUUUGACGAUCAUCAAUAGAAGUCAGGCAGCGUCCUCAAACCAGCUACGUCAGAAGAACGAAAACUACGACCCAAGUGGUCCGCGAAACGUGGAAACUGGUAAACGAAAAAGGGGAAGACCGAAAAAACAGACUACUGAAGCUGCCGAAACGUCCAGUUCGGAUAAAAUCGGGUUGAAAACGACGAGAAAGCGUAAAACGAAUAAGGAAAACUAG